AUGUCUUACCAAAUCGAAAAUUGCUCAAUUCAUAAUCUUGAUAAAUUAUACAUCAAUUUAGAAAAAAACACCCAAAAUUACAUGAAAAUAGAAUGCAUCUAAUGUAUUUAAAAGGAAUCAAUCAGCAUAGAAGAAAUAUUAAUGAAAUUUAAAUAAUUGUCUGCUGUGUAAUCUAAAAUUAGUUAGCAACAAGAUAUUUAUCCUCUGCUCAAAACUAUAGUUUAGUAGUCAAAUUUUGUGCUAAAAUCAUUUUAACAAUUGCAUUAAACAAUCUCAGAAUAUCGAGAUUAAUGGUUAAAAAUUUAUCAAUAGCAUUAAGUUAUAUAGAAAUUUUCUAAAUCUAAUUUUUAUAAUCAAGAGGAUUUAAGUUAAAUUGCAUAAAUAACCUUGAAUUCAAAUGAUAUUAAUGUACCAAAUUUUGUAUAAGAUUAAUUUGAAAAUUUUCAAAAACUAACAAGUAAACUACAAAAAAUUGAGUAAAUCUUAAAUUCUAAUCCUAUUUUUUUUAAAGAAAACCCUUAAAUAUCAAUAAAUAAUGAAAACGAACAAAAAAUAUAAUAAAUUCAGAAAGAUUAUUCUGCCUAAUAGAUAGACUUCUAAGAAUUGUCAUAAUUCUAAACAAAUAUUAUUGUUUAUGCAAUAGCAUUUAGUUUUGACAAUUAAAAAAUAGUAAUAGGGGGUGGUAAUUAAAAUCAAGGUGAAAAUAAAAAUUUAAUGGUAUUGGGCUUAAGUGGUGAUAAUAAACUAAAGAGUGAAACUAUUUUGCUUGGACAUUCAAAAAGAGUUACAGCAAUAUCUUAUAGUAAAAAUGAUCAUUUUUUUGUUUCUGGUAGCUUAGAUAGUACUUUAAGAUUAUGGAAAUUUGAUAUAAAAAAUAAAGAUUGGGAAUGCAUAAAAUAGUUGAAUAAGCACACUUCAACAGUAUUAGGAGUAGUUAUUAGUAAUAGAGAUUAGUAAAUAAUAUCAUGUGGACAUGAUUCAAAAAUAAUUAUUUGGAAAUACAUUAAUAAUGAUUGGUAAGAUUCUCAAUUAUUUUCUGAUCAUAUUGCUGCAGUUAAUAGUAUAAGUUUUUCAGAAGAUAAUUAUUUAUUAGCAUCAGGAAGUGAAGAUAGUAAAGUAUACAUUUGGAGAAAUGAAAAUUAAUUGUUUCAUAAGAUUGAUCAAAUAGAUGUUCCUUGUUAAAGCUAUAUUUAUUCUGUUCAAUUUAUAAAAUAAAAUUCUCUUAUUGUAGGUACAUAUGAUGGUAACAUUUCUAUUUGGAAAAAUAAUUAAAAUUAAAAUAGAUAUGAAAUAUGUUUUGAAAAUAAUCUUAAAUUUGGUUACAUCAAAAAAAUAGUUUACAAUUAUAACUCAUAAUUGCUCAUUACAAAAUGUGAGCAUAGAACUGUUAUUUGGAGAAUAAUCAACAAUGAAAAAAUUGAAAAAAUUAAAGACUAUGAAGGGGAAUACCUAGGAAUAGGUUUAUCUUAAGGCCCAUCUAUUAUUGCGAUGUUUAAUUGCCAAAAAAAAGAGCUUCAAUUACUUUAAUGA